UAGAGAGAUGACUGGGAGAGUAAGAAUGGCUGAGAGUGGUUUACAGCUAUUAACCAGGAUUGAGGGGCGCCGGUCACUGAAAGACAUUGAUCGACACAUUUUUCCUGAGGAUGGCGGCCCAAUCCAAGGUGACGUCAUUGAGUUUCAUGGCACAGAAGGCAGCGGGAAGACAGAAAUUCUGUACCAUCUCGUGAGUCGCUCCAUCCUCCCCACACAUGCUGGUGGUCUGGAGGUGGAGGUCAUCUUUGUAGACACGGACUACCACUUUGACAUGUUGCGGCUAGUGAGCAUCCUGGAGGCCCGUCUGACCUCUGCACCACAGAACAGCGGGACAGAGGAGGUAGUAUGUUCCAGCCUGAGUCGUCUCUCUGUACUCCACUGCUCCAGCUCCGUCCAGCUCCUUCUCACGUUGCACUAUCUGGAGGGUAUUAUCUGCAUUCGUCCGGCCCUCUGCCUGUUGGUCAUAGACAGCGUCUCCUCUUUCUACUGGCUGGACCGUGCCAACGGUGGAGACAAUUUAGCCCGGCAGGAAGCUAAUCUGAGAAAAUGCACUGAGAUCUUGGAUAGAAUUAGGAAAGACUAUGGGAUUGUGGUUUUUGCUACUACACACGCUAUUAUGAGAAAUUAUUCCUCAGGCUCAGCAGAGGCAAGUGUGCCCAAUGCUUCCUAUAGGAAAAGCUCUGAUUUUGACAAGCCGUAUCUGUGCCGAGCAUGGCAGAAGUUACUCACACACAGAAUUGUGCUUUCAAAAAGUGAUUCAAAUAAUGUAGAUGAUCAAAAACAGUUUUCAGUUGCUUGUAGCACCAUAAGAACUAAAGGGACUCACAGAUGUGUAUUUUCUCUUACAGAAGGAGGCGUUCAGUUGAAUGAAUGAGCAUAAAGUGGUGUCAAGACUUGAUCAGAAUUACAAACUAAAAGUGUUUUCCCACAAGUCGCUGAUUCACUGAACUGGGUGUUUUGGAGCUCCAGAAAGUUCACACUAGGAAAGCACAAUAUGCAAACACACAGCUAAAUGCUGUGAUCACGAAUUGUUCUGCGCUAUUUGAAAAUCAACUGGUGAACCACUUUUAGUGUCUUAGAGUAAAGGUUUACACCAAUC